UGUUUUUGAAGCUGUGGUUGCUCAUUUGUCUUGCGAGAGUCUGCAACUCCCUUUACAGUCUUUGCUUCUGCAGUCAGUCUGAAGGUCUGGAUACGCGAGACUAGAAUGUUUGCAUCUCUGGUGCCUUCACUUCGAUUGAUAAAUGAAAUGAAUGGAACACUUUUCGAUUUUCACAUUUAAAAGAGCAACUAUUGGAAAUGUAGUUUUGAAAGGUUUGGUGUGGCUUCAGUCAUUUGAGGUGUGCUGACUAAGUUCAGUGAUGUCAGGUGUGGGCUGGAGCGCAUAUAUAUACACACUUGUGCAGUGCAGACAGAAGUAGUUCUAUUUCCUGUGUUAGAUGGAGGACACUGACUAAGAGAAUGAUGGCAAUAACAAUGAGGUUUCUGCAAAUCAUCUUCUUGCUGUUGGUUGUUCUUUGUCUCAGCAACUUUGUUGCAAGUGCAGAUGGGAUUAAAUAUAAAGGUGACAAUUACACCAUCAAGUGUCCUGAACCUCAGAAAGACGCAAUAGGUGUGAGUCUGCUCAGCAGACGUGAGGUCGGCCGAGAAGUCCUCUACUACGAUUUUGCUAACAAAACAAUUACUCCCCAUAAAGACUACAAAGAACGUGUUAAAGUCGAAAAUGACGACAAGACUCUGACUAUACACAUCAUUAACCUACAACUGACAGACACUGGGGCCUACUGGUGCACCUGCAAUACUACGUCAAACUCUGCAAAAAGUUCAAAGGCAGAGUCAGGUGUUUUUCUUCUGGUGCAUGAGCCACCGAUCGAACCAGCCCCUUCUGUAAGUGCUAAUACAAAGUCGGGUGGCAUGAAUGACCUACUGAUACCAGUGAUGGCUCUGACAGUUGGCAGUGUGCUCUUACUGUUACUCCUUGUGUUUGGAGUGUGGUUCGUGCCCAAGAUAAAGAAACUGAUCAAAAGAAGAGAAGAAGAAAAAGUAGAAGAAGAUGAGAAAAGGUGUAACAAUGGAGUGUACGAGGUCAUGACUGUUCAACGAAGGACAGAGUGUAUAUAAGGCAUUCACAUAUGUCCCUUAUAUCACAAAUAUCCCUAGUACUGG